AAUGAAGAAAAUUGCAAUUUAUGAGCAGGGGUCCUUUCACAUGACUUGACAGUUUGUAGAGAGAGAAACAUAAACAGGCUCAACCAGUUUUCUCUCAAAUCUCUGGUUACAUACUUAUAAACACACACACAUGUUAUAUACAUACACACAGAUAGAUACAAUUGAAGAACAGGCUUAAACGGUGUGAUUUGUGUAAGAUCAAGAUUCAAGCUUUACUGUGAUUUUUAGGUUGAGUUGGAUAUGGUUUGAUUGUAGGAUUGUUUGGUGUUUUGCAAUCUGCAAUCUUUUAAGAUAGCAGAUAGGAGAAUUUUUGUUGGGGUCUAAAGAGUUUGGUGGUUUAUUCAGUAAAAUCACUUUCGAAUGCUGGGGAAGGAUGAUCCUGCUGCCAGUGAUGGUGCUGGUGGCAGUGGUGGUGGUUCUUCUAUGCCUUGUCCAGCUCCAGUACCUCGAAAACAGUAUUGGAGGUCGGCUUCGUGGUCGGCUUCAAGGACCAUGUUGCCUCAGCAGGACCCUAAUGCUGAGAAUGAUGGUAUGGAUCCGAAUGGAAGUAGAGGUGGUGGGGGUUGUAGGUUUAAUGUUCCUUUGACUCCUAGAACACAAGGGAAGGCAAGGUCACUUUUGCCACCGUUGCAGCCUCUGGCCAUUUCACGGAGAAGUUUGGAUGAGUGGCCAAAAGCUGGGUCUGAUGAUGUUGGGGAGUGGCUGCUCCCUUGCACACCAGGUGGGAGAGAUUUGAGCAGCGGCGGAGACAGAUUGAAACUUGAUUUGUCAUCGAUACGAAGUAAGGUGGAUAGAAAUAGCGGCCUUGUAAAGAAAGAUAAGAUUGCUGUCUAUGAUAAGGAAUGUUCUAAAGUUGUGGAACAUAUAUAUCUUGGGGGUGAUGGAGUUGCGAAAGAUAAGGUGAUACUUAAACAGCACGGAAUCACCCAUAUUUUGAAUUGUGUAGGUUUUGUCUGUCCAGAGUAUUUUAAGUCGGAAUUUGUAUAUCGUACAUUGUGGUUACAGGACAGCCCCUCGGAAGAUAUUACUAGCAUAUUGUAUGAUGUAUUUGAUUAUUUUGAAGACGUAAGGGAACAGAAGGGGCGUGUUUUUGUUCAUUGCUGUCAAGGAGUUUCUCGCUCCACCUCAUUGGUGAUUGCUUACAUUAUGUGGAGAGAAGGGAAAAAUUUUGAUGACGCAUUUCAGUAUGUGAAAACAGCAAGAGGUAUUGCUGAUCCAAAUAUGGGUUUUGCUUGUCAGUUGUUACAGUGCCAGAAAAGGGUGCAUGCUUUUCCUCUGAGCCCCAAUUCGUUACUCAGGAUGUACAGAAUUGCUUCUCACUCUCCAUACGAUCCAUUGCAUCUUGUGCCGAAAUUGCUAAAUUCACCAAGCCCAGCUGCUUUGGAUUCUAGGGGCGCAUUUAUUGUUCAUGUACCUUCAGCUAUCUAUGUUUGGAUAGGCAUUAAAUGUGAACCCACUAUGGAAAGAGAUGCAAGAGGAGCUGUUUGCCAGAUUGUUCGUUAUGAAAAGCUGCAGGUAUCCAUCGCAGCUAUAAAGGAAGGAGAGGAACCUUCAUACUUUUGGGACGCUAUUUCCGAUUUCCUUCCUAAAACAGAUAAAAAUAGCAACGGGGUGGAUGUUGUCGAGUCAGCGAAGAAGAUAGUUCCAGGCGAGAGAGAAGUGACUAAAUACAGUGUCGAAUUUGAGAUAUUCAAGAAAGCAGUUGUUGGGGGGUUUGUGCCUCCAUUUGCAUCAUCCAACACUGACCAUGAAACACACCUUCCUGUAAGAGAAAACAGUUGGAGUACGCUAAGGCGCAAGUUUACAUCUGGCAGCAUGAAUGAGUUUGCCUCAGCUACAAAAUCAUAUCUCUCCAGAGUGUAUCCAGAUUCUGUGUUGAAAAAAUGUUUAGAAAAUUCCUUGUCCAAGCCAUCACUUUCUAAUGUAAAUUCGUCGUCUUCCUCUGUGUCGCCAACAUCUCCAUCGUCGACAACCUUCUCUUCCUCUUCACCUCCACAUCUUUCUCCAAAGUCCUUAUCAUCAGAUUCAAGUAGGAGCUCUAAAUGCUUUUCAGAUUCUCCUGUAAAGUCUCCUCCUCUGUCUACAUGUGGUAACUCUCUAGCUUUUCAUGUGCCUUCUUUUUCCAAUUUAUCUCUUCAGUCCUGUAAACUUUCCCCUCAAUCCAUGUCUAAAAGCACUGAAUUUAUCGAUGUAAAUUUUAACUCAGGCCAUAGUUCUCAGUCAGUAUCCGCGUCAUCCAGGAAACCUCCACUUUCUAUUGCUGAACGCAGAGGUAGCAAGUUGCCAAUGCUUGCUGAUGAUUCAAGGGAUAAGGAGGCUCCUUUAAGUGGUGUUUCUGGUAAAAUUGUUGGUAUCAUAAUGAAAAAUAAGGAUUAUUCCCCAGAUUUAGAUAACAAAACAAUCUCAAAAGGAGAGGAGGGUUUAGACGUCGAACCCGUGUAUAAGCCAACUCCAGAUAAAGUAAUUAAGGUAAAAGAAGCUGCAUCUGACAAGACACCAGAUAAAGGAGCACGGAACGUAUUAUUGGAUGCCAAGUGUGCAACAGACCUUUCUGGACUGGUGGACAAAAAAUUAUCUUGUCCAAAGCAAGAUCAAUUGGUAGUAUGUAGGUGGCCUAGUUUGGAGAAAAUUGUGUCGUUUUGUGCAGCUGAUUUAGAUGCCAAAGGUGUUUUCAUCCUUAUUGCUCCAGCUUCAGGCUUAGAAGAAUUAAUAGAGCACAAGGUUUUGUAUAUUUGGGUAGGAAAAUGUAUCAGUCAUGGUGAUGAGAAGAUGCUUAAGGGAGACCAGGAGAUUCCUGAGCAUGAAGAGAUUAACUUGAAUGAAGUUAGUUUUGAUGUGAUCACUCAAAUGGGCCUUCCCGACGACACUGACGUCAAGAUUGUCAGACAAGGUGAAGAACCUGCAGAGUUUCUUGCAUUAUUAGGUCCUUUGUAAAUUAUGACCAUUACUAAGCUGAUGGCAUCUGCAGUCUGGACUUCUCACAUAUGUCCAUUUCUUCAGCUUUACAUGAUCUGUAGUUGCAACUUGUCCAACAUUUCGAGGAGCUUUGCUUUACAAAACUAUGAAGGCAGGGUGGGGAAUCUAUCUGUUGGUUAAUUAUGGCAUAAAAAUCGAAGAUUCUGACGUAAAGUUCAUAUGCUCUGUUGCAGGACAGUAGUUUACCUUGUAAGUUAGCGGUGAUUAACCAGGAACAGUGGCGGCACCCUCUUUACCUUGCUCUUUCUCUUACUAACAACUUGCUCUUUCUCUUACUAACAAACUAGAACAUGGUUGUACAUUUGGCUCUUAGCAACAGUUUUUUUUUUUUUUUUUUUUUAAAUUGGUUAGUAACAAAUGUCAAAGUCUUUAAUCAUAGAUGCUUAAUGGAUGAGUAGUGAAUAAUUUACAAACUAAUUUCAUAAAGUCUUGCGAAGACAAUUCUGCAGGAUCUAUAUUCUAUGCAACCUUUGAUGUUAAUUGCAGCCCUUGUUCUAUUCA